UGCUUUGGAUCUUGCGACGAAGCUCCAGCCAUUGAUGGAAAUCAAACUCACCUCAUCAAAUAAAUAGUCAUCACAAUUUUUUAGGAAGCAAAUCCAUCAAAGGUUCACCCAGCAAAUCACCAGCAAUAUUUCAGGACAAACAUCAGCAACCAUGAGUUUGGAAAUGGACUACGAGACAAUCUUUCAUGUCAUGGAUUCAUGGGAGCUCUUGCGCAGGAUCCCGGACCAUGAGCAAAUUGCGGGCACCAUCCUUUUUACGCACCUCUUUCAAAAAUGCCCCGAGACCAAGGUUUUGUUUGGCUUUCCUUUGGAUAUGGACCCCGGCAGUGAAAAGAUGCAACAGUCCAAGCCCUUUGUCAGGCACGCUUCCAACAUGAUUUCAAUGCUUGAUAGGGCUUUGAACAUGCUUGGGCCAGACGCGGAGUUGCUUGCUGAAAUCUUGGGUGGCCUGGGAAAGAAGCAUGCUCGAAUGGGAGUCCACGAAACUCACUUUCCUUACUUUGGAGAGUCUCUUCUCGAGAUGUUGCACGAGGUAUUGGGAAACUCCUUCACUCCCGAGAUUGAGCACUCCUGGAGGAAUGUCUACAAGGCGCUGUCUGGAGGCAUUGUGGAUUCCAUGAAUACUGAAAGGUCUGUUUUGGACAGCUGGGCCAAGCUCAAGCAAAUUGACAACUACGAUGAAGUGGCAGGAGGCCUUCUCUUUCAGACCUUGUUCGAAAGGUGCCCUGAAACCAAGACUCUCUUUGGCUUUCCUGUGGACAUGGACACAAACUCUGGCGCUAUUCUUAACAGCCGCCGGUUCAAGAUCCAUUCCAGGUACUUUAUCGAGAUGCUGGACAAGGCACUUGGAAUGGUAGAAGCCCGUCAAGUGGAAGAGAACAUGAAGGCAUUGGGUGAGAUGCACAAUAGCUAUGGGGUCAAGGAAGAAUACUUCCCAGUUAUGGGUGAAGCCUUGUUUUUGGCAUUGGAAAAAACACUCAAAGAGGACUGGAAUGACGAUCUGCGGGCUUCUUGGGGUUCCCUCUAUGGCAAGCUCUCUUCCCAAAUGGUCUCGGCCAUGAAGGCUGGAAAGAAGUAGGCACGUGACCAUGCUGCGGUGGAGUGCUUUCGACAAAGCAGGUAGAUACACAUGCUUAGCAAUACAGUUUGGUACCUGGCACGCACCAGUGACGGAGUGGGCAAGACAUUUUCCAGGAGGCAGAGAUCGCAGGAGAGACGAAGAGCCUCCAAUUUGCUCGGAGCUAUAAUUUCCGUUGAUUCAUUUUGACUUUCUAUGAUACAUAUAAACAGCAAUAAUAUAUGAUUCCUUUUCUACCAUCAGCCAGUAGCUACCGGUACUUGUACAAGCAGCAAUCCAAUAAAGAAC